AUGUUGUUCUCAGACGAGAAGACGUGGACAGUUGACCCCGUCCACAACCGGAGAAAUGACCGAUUUAUGGCCUUUGGAAAUCCGGAGGGUGGUGACGUUCUGUUUACAACGAAACAUCCAGCGUCAGUCAUGAGCCUCGGCUUUGUGGCCUCCAACGGUCUGAAGAUGCCCCUGAUUUGGUUCAAGCAGGGCUACCGCCUCACCGCCGCGGACUACAUCAUUGAGCUUGAGACAAAACUCCUGCCGUGGAUCAGGGCCAUCUUCCCUGAUAACAAUGUCGUGCUCCAGCAAGACGGCGCACCUGCCCAUACGGCAAAAAUAACUCAGAGGUUUCGUGAGGACAAAAUUGCUUUUUGGGACAAGAACAUUUGGCCGCCAUACUCGCCCAAUGUGAAUCCCCUCGACUUUGCCUUUUGGGCGCAUGUGGAGAGCAUUGCCUGCCGGAACCGUCACCCCAACCUCAACGCCCUGAUGGACUCUGUAAACGCCGUGUGGGACACGAUGGAUGAGGAGUACGUCAAGAAGUCAUGCGGCGCGUUCCGGCCCAGAUUGCAGGCCAUUAUUGAUACCAAGGGUGGUCAUAUUGAAUUAUAG